AUGUCCCAAAAAACCUCCUCUUCGUCCUCAUCACCUUCAUCUCCUCUCUUCCGCCUACCCCUCGAGAUCCGCCAACAAAUCUACACCUACCUCCUUCGCCCGGCCAAUUGCAAGAACUUCCCCUCACCCUCCUCCACCACCACUACAAGCACGAACGACUCCUCAGCCUCCGACUCCUCACUACCCUCUCAAGAUGACCCGUCCGACCUCCCUCCUUCUCCGGCAUCUCCAACAUCGAACCACCUCCUCACGGGCCCGAACUACACCUACCCCAUCCCCCUCUUUCUACUCUCUCGCCAAAUCCACACAGAGACCCUCCCUCUCUUCCGGUCCCUCAAUAGAUUCGUCAAGAUCUCAACCCCAUGGUCCGAAGCAAUCCGACACAUCAACAGCGAAGGGGGCGUCGGCGUCGUAGCCAUCGGAUCCCAAGCCACAGAUUUUCAGAAUUUUCAUCUGAGGGUGCUGAUCAGUACGGCCAUGGUCCCAGGAAUGGGCACCACUGAUCCAGAGAAUUAUGAUAUGAUUACUGAGAUGGGGGAGCUGGAGGGGUUUGUGCGCACGUGGGGGUUUAGUCAUUUGAACAGUGCGAGGCAUUUAAAUCCACAUUUGGUGCUGAGGGUAGAUCUGAAGGAGCCUUACCCAAGACAGUCUACUGGUCAGGCAGCAAAACAGAAGGGGUUAGACGUGGCACUGCAGACACGGCUACUGUCGCCCUUUGGCAAGCUGAAGGAUUUGAACCAGAUGCUAUUCGAUUUCCACGGUCGGCCAUUCUUCGAAGGCGGGGAUGUGGACGAAGAGGUGAAGGAAAUGGUGAUUAAAGAGCAGGCGAUACCAGAAUUGACGCCCGAGGAGCGGAUACAGCGGUGCAAGGAGCUAGGGAUUGAAGGGGAGGUUUGCAUUGGGAAGAAAGAGUACAAGCAAGCGAUAGACUGCUAUCUCAAAGCGUUCGAAGCCGUGCACAUAUAUCACACAGAAAGCGGAAGGAAGAGAGAGGUCCACUGCGAUUCAUACUACGCAGUUGAGCUCCGAGACGGUGACUACAGAGGCCAAUUCGGGCAUCUCGUACGGAUCAUGUUACGAAUAUCCCUCGUCGCGCGCGUCAUGGACGCCUUCAUCAAACUCCAAGAAUGGGAAGACGCCCUCUUCUGGGGCCGCCGCAGCAUCUCCACCUUCAAAAGCAGCUUGCAGUCGCAGUCACAAGAAAAUGCAGACCCUGAGAUAUACCCCGAAAGGCACGUCGUGCACGCCACGAGGAAGGUGGAUAGUAUGUGGUUGAUUGAUGGAUACUGGGAAACAUUCAUGCGGGAGGCGAAGGCGAUGCAGUUUGCGGGAAAGCCGGAUAUGGGGUUGAUAUUCUACAGGACGGCGAUUGCGGGGAGGGAGGUCAGGAGGAAGGAUGAUGAAGAGGUGAGGGCGUGUAUGGAUGCCGCAGAGGCGUUUAGACCUGAGGAUCCGCUUGUUAAGGUCGAGGCGAAGGCGAUGGCGUUGAGGAUUAUGGCGCGGAAGGACGAUUUGGUUGAGUGUGUGAAUAGUGGGCCUGGGUAG